UUUCGAGCCACCCUGGCCUAACAACUAAUAAAAAACAAAUCAAGGCUUCUUUUGUCGCGCAAUUGAUUGUUCUCCUUGUGCGACCCAAACACUACCACCGAUAUUGUGCGCUAUCCGCAAACAAUCCUCUUCAAACCUCCGACGCCAAAAGGAAGGCCAAAGCUGAACUGGUAGCCUGAGCCAUGGACCAAGUUCAGCAUCUCGUUCUCGACCCUCUCAAACCCUACCUUUUACCCAUCACGUCGCAGCUCCCGGGGCCGGUCAACGAUGCGGUCAUCAGCCUCCUGGGAGAGCGAUGCCACAGCGCAUUGCUACUAGACCUCGACGUGACCUCACACCCAGAAUGCGUGUCGCUGGCGAUUUCAAAGGCAUUGGGCGUGGCGAUUAUCAGCGCAGCGGUGGUGGUGAAAGUGCCACAGAUCAUCAAGCUGGUGCGAUCCAAGUCGGCCGAGGGGCUAUCGUUUACAAGCUACCUGCUAGAGACGGCCAGUUUCGUGAUCACGCUGGCGUACAAUAUGCGCAAUGGAUUUCCGUUCAGCACGUACGGCGAGACGAGCCUGAUCGCGAUCCAGGAUGUGGUCAUCAGCGUCUUGAUCUUGGUCUACUCGAACAGAAUCCCACAAGCGGGCGCGUUUCUGGCUGCUGUCGGCGGCGCCGUCUACGCCCUCAUGGUCUCCGACACCCUCGUGACCCCGACCCAGAUGACCAGCCUGCAGGCCGGCGCAGGCGCUCUCAGCAUCGCCAGCAAAGUCCCCCAGAUCCUCACCAUCUUCCGCCAGGGCGGCACCGGUCAACUGUCGGCCUUUGCCGUCUUCAACUAUUUGUUCGGAAGCCUCAGUCGCAUCUACACCACCUUGCAGGAGGUCGACGACCCGCUCAUCCUCUACAGCUUCGUCGCAGGUUUCUGCCUCAACGCCAUCCUGGCUGCCCAGGUCGUCUACUAUUGGAACAGCCCUACCACCGCCGGCCAUGCAAAGGAGUUGGACACAAAGAACAAACCUGGCCUGCAGGGUGUCGCUCAGAAGGGGAACGCUGCUUUGCUCACUGAGGAGAGUAUCAAGUUGCGCACUGGCGGUGCCACCACCACGUCCGCCCGGCCGAGUAGCAGCAGUGGCCGCAGAAGGGGUUGAUAGUACCUACAUUGCAGACCGGAGCCGCUGUCAUAGUUUGUUCAAUUCAGAGAAUUUUGAUUAAAAAGACAAAUAAGAGCCAUGACUGUAGCCCUGUUAUCUGUCCGUGCUACUGACGGAUUUCUUUGCGUCACAACCAGU